AUUCUACUCAUACGAUCACCACAGAAUUUUAAAACCCCUGCAUUGCCCGACAACAAAUGCUGAUAUGCCGAGCUCACGCGGCGUGCAACUUAGUCAACAUUUGAAAUUAUUAGUAACUAGUAUAAAGAACUGGCCCUCGGCCACGUUAUAAUUGGGGAGAAGUAUGCCAAGAAAGCUACACCAGUCACCAUGACCCGUUUUCGUGAACUUUGUUUGCUCGGCGGACUGCUGUUUUCUUUAGCUUCCUCGGAGCAGAAUCCUGUCGUCGCUCUCCACAAUGGGCCCGUCCGCGGCACCGUGUCUGAGUACGUGUCUGCGGUCAAUGUUUUUAAAGGCAUCCGCUUUGCAGAUCCCGCAACGGGUGACUACCGCUGGGCGCAUCCUCCGCACCCGACUUCAUGGAACGACACAUUUGAUGCUUUUGAAUUCGGCAAUGACUGUGCCCAGCUGGGAUUCAAUGGCACCGUCGAGGGCUCCGAGGACUGCCUCUUCCUGAACAUCUGGACACCGGAGAACUUCACGAACGAGACCAACUAUCCAGUCUAUCUCUGGAGCUAUGGCGGCCGCUUCAGCGGCGGCUCGGGUUCGCAAGCGACUUACGACGGCUCGGGGCUUGCAGCCAAAGGCGCUGUCGUGAUUACAUAUAACUAUCGGCUCGGUGUGCUUGGUGGCCUUGCACAUCCGGAGCUGAGCGCCGAGGCUGAAGGCAACUCUACUGGCAACUGGUUUCUACAGGAUCAGAUCGCAGUUUUGCAUUGGACAAACGAGAACAUCCAACUGUUUGGAGGCAAUCCGAGUCAAAUCACCCUUGGCGGCCAAUCUGCCGGAUCCGGAAUUGCCCUCAGCAUGGUUUACUCCCCUCUAGCAGCCGGUCUAUUCCAGGGAGCCAUAGCAGAAAGCGGCGCACGAGCUCCCCACGACCCCCUGACCGGUUCGCUCGCUACAAGCCACCGCAACAAAACCGAUGCCGAGGCUGAAGGUGUUGAGUUUCUCAAAGCGCUCAAUGUGAGCUCCAUUGCGGAAGCACGACUGCUCCCGGUUGAGACACUUCUGGCCGCCAGUCCGCAGUCGGAUCCCAUUUUCGUUGGGACGCCGUUCGCAAACAAUUCGGCCUACAUGGCUCCCCCAGUAUUCCGUCCUGUAAUUGAUGGCUUUGUACUGCUAGAUACCUACGAAGCUACUUUGGCAGGCCAUUUGCAGAACGAUGUGCCGAUUCUCACAGGCAAUAAUAGAGAUGAGAGCGGGGCAACGCCUGAUCCGCGCACCAUUUCCCUAGCCGACUACAAUACCAGCAACAGCGCCAUCUUCGAGCCCAUUGGACUUGAGGACCGGUAUUUCCAACUUUUCCCGGCGUCGACUGACUCCGAGGCCGGCACCCAGACAAACAACUUCUAUCGCAACCAGAGUCUGGCCUCGGUCUGGAAUUGGGCGAACGCUUGGGCCGCAGGUGGCGGCAAUAGUAGCGUCUAUACCUAUUACUGGACGCACGCGCCGCCGGGCCAGAGUUCAGGUGCCUUUCAUGGCAGUGAAAUCAACUAUGCUUUCCAUAACAUCCCCUGGGGCACAACCCUUACGGGACGGGCAUUGAACUGGACUGCUGAAGAUUAUCUUAUUCAGGACACAAUCUCCCAGUAUUGGUACAACUUCAUUGCAACGGGCAACCCGAAUGGUGGUAACUUGACGGAGUGGGAACCAAGUAGUGAUGCAUCUAAAGCAACGAUGCAAUUGGGUGAUGGAUACGGUGCAAUUCCGGUGGCAUCAGAUGAUGUUCUUGAUUUUAUAGCAGAGUACUUUUCCCAGGAAAUCGCGUGGUAGGUGGGAGUGGAGUGCCAGUGUAUGAUGGUCUUGUCUCUCUCUGAGAAGUUGCUGUUGUGGUGGCGCAUUGUGGCCAUCCCAGCUAUUGUAUAUCGUUGCAGUGGCAAGAGAAUCCGUGGACAAGAUCACAACUGGUGGCUUCCAUCACACCAUUAGUCUCUUUCUUCCCAUUAUGGACAUCCAAUGAUAUUUGCGCUGUUCACUGCCAUACCCAUCUUCUUACUGAGUAGGCUGAAUAUCUCAUGUUGAAAAUCUUCCAAAAAUCC